AUGCAAUACUUCUUUUAUUCAAUCGGAGAUGCAUUUUUGGUGAUUUUUCGUUGGGCUGCCUCUCAAAUGACCAGAUUCACCUCCUGUUGUCGGUAUUGCCAAAGGAGAUAUAAACAUGUAUCUAUAGAUUACCUUACCGAAUCUAUUCCCAAAUUUGCUCAAGAUUUACCGCGGUAUCCGAAAGCAGCGUCUCAAACACUACCGCUGAACCUUUGCAACAACACCAAUGAACUACGAAAGAAGAUCAUCAAUCCCAACAUCUUGAACGACAUUUUUUCGGGCAUCCCGACCAAUACUGAAGUUGCAAAAUCUCAGCGGUUUUUUAACAACGUUAAAAUUGAGUUGGAGUGGACAUUGGCAGAUUAUAAUGAGAUCCCAGAUGUCAAGUACGAGAUUUUGAAAGCAAAAUCAAUGGCAACAAGCACGCAAUCCACAAAAAGGACUUUUGGAAUAAAGCCUGAAUUAUUGAAACCACUACCGGAGGUGCUUUUAAUGGGACGCACCAAUGCAGGUAAAUCAUCCUUGAUAAACAACUUGUUGGUUUCCAAGAAGAGUUUGAUGAGGCAUGAACAGUUGGCAUACGUUUCAUCGAAAGCUGGAUUCACAAAGACGCUAAACUCUUUUAGGCUCUCGAAUGAGCUACGAUUGGUUGAUAGUCCUGGGUAUGGAAGGGGGGGUGUUGAAAUACAAGGGGAAAUGAUUCUUGCAUACAUCAAAAAUCGGCGCCAGUUGAAACGAGUAUUGCUUUUGAUAAGCUCGACUGAUGGGUUUGCAGAUGAGGAUUUACAAUUGGUACAUUACUUGCAUGACAGAGGUAUACCUGUGGAUAUUGUCUUUACCAAAAUGGACGAGUUGUUAAAGAAGUUCUGUAAAAAGGACUUGUUCAAGAAGGAUAACGCGGAGACUAUGAUUAAGGAGGCAAAUCAGAAGAUCGUAGAGCACUAUUCCCAGUUGAUUGACGAAUCAGGACUUGAAAAUGCUCGAAACACUCCUAGAUUCAUGUUCAAUAACGCGCAAACCAACAAUUUUUUGACAGAGUUCAUGGGCAUAAAAACGACUAGAUAUUAUUUACUUAGAAGUUGUGAUUUGUUAUAG